AUGUGGCGGCUCAAGCAGGAGCGGCCGGACCUCUUCGCCGAGAAAGACCUGCCGGAGGAAGAGCAGAUUCCGAGCGGCUUUGCCACCUGCAGCACUGCAGGGUGGCUAUACAACAAGGACAAGGAUAUCUACUUCGAGCUGAAAUCCAAGCGUCGGUUCUGGUUCGAUGAAUCCACCCGGGUGCACCGAACACUCCACGAAGGGGAGGCAACUUCACUUUGCUUGUCUGCGGGAGCAGCGGCCAUCUCUGCCAAUGCUAUGCCGAUGACGAAGCACAUCGUGGUGCCCGACAUCCACGGUGCGGCCAAGGCCCUCCGGCGAGACUUCAGCCAUUUGGAUCGUCCGGCCGGCGCUUUGGCCGUGCUCGGUGCGGGCUCCGGUGCCGCAGCGCCCGAGGCGGCCGCGCGGCUUCUGCCGGAGAAACUUUUCAAGCGUCUGGCAUCCUUCCGCAGCGAGUGGACGGAUGAGAUGCUCGUGGCGGCUUUGACCGGUGCCUUCGUGGACGUCGCAGCAGGUUUGGGAG